GUGCAGCUCUGCUCGUUCCGGCGCGAUACCGGGAGAAAUCUGCAACCCUGGUGACGUUCUCUGCAGGCUGUCAGCUAUAAUUCUAGAAACAUCUACAUUUGUCUAGGACCAAGAUAAUGAAUCCAUUUUUGGGAUAUGUGUCAUUUGAGGAUGUGGCUGUGAACUUUACCUGGGCGGAGUGGCAGAACCUGGAUGAUGCUCAGAAGACCCUAUACAAGGAUGUGAUGCUGGAGACCUACAGCAACCUGGUGUUCUUGGGACACUGCGUUGCCAAACCUGUAGUGAUCUUCAGUUUGGAGCAAGGAGGAGAACCAUGGACAUUAGAAGAACUUCCUAACCAGAGCCUCCCAGGAGAGAAACUCUACGAGUGUGACCAGUGUAGGAAAGCAUUCUCCAAGAAGGCAGGCUUCACUGCACAUCAGAGAACUCACACAAAAGAGAAACCCUACGAAUGUGAAUGGUGUGGGAAAACAUUCUCCUGGAAGUCAGCCCUCACUGUACAUCUGAGAACUCACACAGGAGAGAAACCCUAUGAAUGUCAACAAUGUAGGAAAACCUUUUCCCGGAAAUCAGCACUCACAAAACAUUGGAGAACUCACACAGGAGAGAAACCCUAUGAAUGUGAGCAAUGUAAGAAAAAGUUCUACCAGAAGUCCCACCUGACUAUACAUCAGUUAACUCACAAAGGAGAAAAGCCCUACGAAUGUGAACAAUGUAGGAAAACAUUCUCCCAGAAGGCAUACCUCACUGUACAUCAGAGAACUCACCAAGCAGAGAAACCGUAUGAAUGUCCACUAUGUAGGAAAACAUUCUGCUGGAAAUCAGCACUAACUGUACAUCGGAGGACUCACACAGGAGAGAAACCCUAUGAAUGUCAACAAUGUAGGAAAACAUUCCACCGGAAGUCAGCACUCACGGGACAUUGGAGAACUCACACAGGAGAGAAACCCUACGAAUGUGAGCAAUGUAAGAAAAAGUUCUACCGAAAGGCACAACUCACUGUACAUCAGAUAACUCACAAAGGAGAGAAACCCUAUGAAUGUGAAUGGUGUGGGAAAACAUUCUCCUGGAAGUCAGCAUUCACUGUACAUCUGAGAAUUCACACAGGAGAGAAACCCUAUGAAUGUCAACAGUGUAGGAAAACAUUCCACCAAAAGGCAGCACUCACUGUGCAUUGGAGAACGCAUACAGGAGAGAAACCCUAUGAAUGCCAAGAAUGUAGGAAAACAUUCUACCAAAAGUCAGCGCUCACUGGCCAUUGGCGAACUCACACAGGAGAGAAACCCUAUGAAUGUGAGCAAUGUAAGAAAAAGUUCUACCAGAAGUCCCACCUCACUGUUCAUCAGAUAACUCAUAAAGAAGAGAAACCUUUUAAAUGUAAACACUGUAGGAAAACGUUCUCCCAGAAGGCAUACCUUACUGUACAUCUGAGAAUUCACACAGGAGAGAAACCCUAUGAAUGCCAACAGUGUAGGAAAGCGUUCUACCGGAAGUCAGCGCUCACUGUACAUCAGAGAACAGGAAAGACACCAUACGAAUGUGAGCCAUGUAAGAAGACAUUUUCCCAGAGGUGUUCAACACUCACUGUACACUGGAGAUCUCACACAGCAGAGAAGCACUAUGAAUGUGAACACAGAAGAAAAUUCUCCCAGAAGUCACACCUUAGUGUAAAUUUGAGAACUCAAAAAAGAGAGAAACCUUAUGAAUGCCGACACUGUAGUAAAACGUUCUGCAAGAAGUCACAACUUACUGUGCAUCAGAGAACUCACAGAUCAGAAAUUUUAUCAAUAUAAAAAAUAAAAGAAUCUUUUUUACCAGUAUUUAGAGCUCACUGUACAUCAGGUAACUCACGUGGAAGAAAUGCUUAGUAUUGUUAACAGUGUUGUAAAUCCUUGAACCAUAAUUCAGAACUAUGAGUUAAUCUCUGAAGGAAACAAUAUUGAACUUUUUUAAAUUCAGCUGCUUUGAUACAGCAAGCCAUGGUAGUUAAAAAUAACAUAUCAUAAAAUUGUGAGGAUGGUUUCUAUGUCUCUGAAAAGGGAAUAUUUCAUCAAGCUGGUGAAUAAGAUCUAAAAGUUUACCAGCUACCAAAGGAAAAGUUAUUUCUAAGAUCUAUGUGUGAUGUUUUAAAGCUGUAUCAAAAGAUAAUCACUGAUUCAAAAAAUAAAAAUAAAUAUAGAAAU